AUGAAGAAGCCCAAGGAAGAAUGGACAAAACAGGAGGGUGCCGUGGGCUCAGAAGCCCAUGGCAAUGCCUGUGGUUGUGCCGUGGGCCUUGUCCCGCCCGUGAUCGGCCCGGGACGGUCCGAGCGCGCCCGGGACACGCGGGUGACCGGUGCGACCCCCCCGCGCCGCCAGGGGGCGCAGCGCGCGGUGCGGCCCGGGACGAACCAAGCCCGCUGCUGGGGGGGUGUGCGCGUGUGUGGGGUGUCCCAUUCCUCCGCCGCCCCAUCCCUAGGAACGAGCUCGCCCGGCUUCCAGCGCCACCGUGCGCGCGGAGCCGGAGUGGGAUGGCAGUGGGAGCGGGCAUGGGAAGGCUGCGUUGUUCCUGAUCCCCUCGGGGUACCGCGGGGGCCGUUGCUCCCCUCGCGGGGACGCGGAGCCACCGCUAACGGGCGGAGCCGUAGGGUCGGGGGAAGGGCGAUGCCAGAGAUUAUCCUGGGAAAGGAGACGGAGGCGGCGAGCAGGGAGAAACGGGCGCAGCCUCCGCAGUUCGGGAGAGCAGCGAUGAGUUCCAGAGCUCCGGGCGAAGCCGCAGGUGGCGGUCAGCAAGGACAGACCCACACGGACAAUGGCGGAAACGGCCGAGACGAGAGGAGGCGGGAUGGCACUGAACUGCUGAGCUGGGGGGCGCAGGCGCGCUCCGUAUUUUGCUUCCGCGGGGCCCGGCUGCGCUUUUGCUCCUCAGGCCCGUUCGCAGCGGGGACGGCGCCGUGCCCGGCACGGUUGAGGUGCCGAGGCUGGGACGCGCGGAAGGGCGAGGAGCGGCCUCGCAGCUCCGGCUCGCUGAGGAGGAAGGCGGGGGUCUCCCUGCUGGCAUGCCUGGGAAAAACGGGAGUAGCGACGCCCGGUGCGAGACGAAGAGGAGCGGCCGGUGCUCGAUAAUGAUUUCAUGCAGACCUGCUUCAAUAGAGAGUCUCGGAAUGUCAGGAAGACUCAUGACUGAAAUUGCUCCUUAGCAUCCAUUCAGCGCUGGAAUAGCUCAUCAUUUCCAUCCUUUUCCAUCCUAAAUUUUCCUGGGAACACUUAUCCUUGCAUAGUGGGUGGUCCAGGACAUUCUUCUCAAUCAAAUGAUGAAAAAGCCAGGUUAUGGAAGACAAGACUGAGAGGGGAUCUUGUCAAUAUGUAUAAAUACCUCGAAGGUGGGUGGCAAGAGGACUGUGCCAGGCUCCUUUCAGUGGUGCUCAGUGCCAGGAUGAGGAGCAGUGGCCACAAACUAAAUUGCAAAAAUUUCCACUCAACAUGAGGAAGCGCUUCUUUGUGCUAAUGGGCCAGAGCACUGGAGCAGCUGCCCAGGGAGGUCAUGGAUUCUCCUCUCUGGAGACAUUUAAACCCCACCUGGACAUUUCCUUGUGUGACCUGCUCAAGGUGACUCUGCCUUGGCAGAGGGGUUGGGCUGGGUGAUCUCCAGAGGUCCCUUCCAGCCUCAACAGCACUGACUUGUGAAAAAUAGCUCCCAAACUCUUCAAAGCCUGUAUGCAAUUACUGUGCUGCUGCCAGCUCUUGAGUUUUGAAAAAGAAACAAACCCCUGCAUUUCUAUUUAACCAAAGUAAACAUGAAUGUGGCAUUAUCUGUUAGUCACAGUUUCUCCCAACUUGCAGAAGAAAAAUAUUGUUGUAUGGUACACACAAUGCUUUUUUGUACAAAUAGAGUCUGGUUUUUUUCCUUUUUCUCUCAUGUUCUUCUGUUACUAAUUCAAAAUGAGUGUGUUGGGUGGGAUAUUUCUUGCAGGAGUGAUUAUCUCUGCACACUCAACAAUGUAUACUGUACAAUUCCUCUAGGACGUACAGAGAUGCAGGCUAAAGAGAAAACAAAACCAUUAAAAAUGUAAAAUCAGUCUAAAUAUAUUUUCUUCCCCUCUUAGAAGUUAUUACUCCUUUUUUUUUUUUUUUUUUUAACAUCAAAAUCUUCCUUGCUCUCUGUGGUGAGCUACUAGAGACCUCUCCAAAACAAAGGAUAACAAGGAUAACAAAGGUCAGUCAAUUUGAGAGUAAGAAAAAUGCAAUU